AUGUUCAAGUAUGGAGGUUGUUUGGGAAAUCAGAACAACUUUGAGAAUGAGAGAGACUGCCUGCAGAGAUGUCGCACUGAGGCUGUGUGCCGUCUCCCCCUGGUGGCUGAGCCCUGCAUUGCAAAGUCCUCCACCUGGGCCUUUGACUCCACGGUUGGUUUGUGUGUCCCUUACAAAAUAGGCUUCUGUCAAACCAAUGGAAACAAGUUCUACAGUAAAGCUGAGUGUGAAGAGUACUGUGGGGUAGUCAAAGAUGAUGGAGACUUUCUGAAAGGAAACUGA